AAAAUAAUGUCUAAUAACGCUACUGAUAAUUCAAAUGAGUGGAUUAAUUGGAUUGAAGAUUCUAUUGCGAAAGAACGAAUUAAAUAUUAUGACUAUAAUCAUUUUAAUAAUAUACAAGAAAUCGGGUUUGGAAAUUUUGGAAAAGUUUAUCGAACAAAUUGGAAAAGUUAUCAUGGUCAUUUAGCAUUGAAAUCUUUUUUUAAUUUCAAUGACAUGGCCAAAGAAAUUGUUAAUGAACUUAAACUUCAGCAUGAAAUUGAUUUUCAUGAAAAUAUAAUUCGAUUUUAUGGCAUUACAACAGAAAAUCAAAGCAACGAUUCAAAGAAAUAUUUGUUAGUGAUGGAAUACGCCAAUAAUGGUACUCUUCGAAACUAUUU